AUGGGUUACAUGGUUUCCCAAAAAGGUGGAUACGAUAAAGUGGGUUUUACUAGCAAGUACUUACAUAACCACAUUAGUAAGACUAGGCGUGGUAAAGUGAAAGACGGUGAUGCAUUUGCUACGUUGGCCUAUCUGUUGUCCAAGGCAGACAGUGACCUAUUAUUUCUAGGAAAGUUCACCUUAAAGGAUGGUAGGUUGGAUAGUUUGGUGUGGGUUGAUGGAGCAAGCGUUGUUGAUUACGAAUGUUUUGGCGAUGUACUCGCUUUUGACACCACUUACAAGAAAAAUGUCUACAACAAGCCCUUAGUCAUAUUUUCAGGGACAAACCACCAUGGCCAAACAACUAUCUUUGGAUGCGCCAUGCUCUUAGAUGAAAGGUCCGAAACUUUCAAGUGGGCAUUGAAGAAAUUUUUGGAAAUCAUGUCAGAAAAACCACCCGGAGGCGUUGUGACAGACGGAGACCAUGCUACGAGAGGGGCUAUCUUGGAAGUAUUUCCUGGUAUACCACACCACCUUUGUGCACGGCAUCUGCAUCGUAAUGCGGUACAGAAUAUAAAAAACAAGCAUUUUUGGGACGAUUUUAAUAUAUUAUUGUAUGGACAAUGUACCGUACAAAUAUUUGAAGAGAGAUGGAGCGAGAUCAUAUCCAAAUACGGACUUGCCGAGAAUGAAUGGGUCCAGGGCAUUUAUAAUGACAAAAUGAAGUGGGCUACCACAUAUUUGAGGGAGCACUUCUUUGGCCGCAUAAGAGCUACAUCACAGUGUGAGGAAAUUCAUUCAUUAUUGAAGAACUAUGUUGACAGUAAAACCAGUCUCCUUGAAUUCAUGCAUAAAUGUAGUGAAGUACUAAGGCAUUACCAAAACAACCAUCUUACUGCUAACUUUGAAACCUUUUAUAAGUUUUCUGUUUUGACUACGUGCUUGGAAAGUUUUGAAAAACAAGCUGCUGAACUUUAUACUAGAAAUAUUUUCAAACUUGUGAAAGAUGAGAUAGAAGCAGCAGGUGCCUUAAAUGUGACUGAAUGCCCAAACAGUGGAGACAUUGUUGAGCUAUUUGAGACUCGUGGAUUACCGUGCUCCCACAUCUUUGGGGUUUUGAAGUAUCGCAAUACAAAAUGCGUCCCUUCAUCUCUUAUCCUGAAAAGAUGGACAAGAGAUGCAAAGAGUGAUUUUAUAUGCUCAAUUGGCGAGCAAGACUCCGCUGAUGAUAUAGUGCCCACACUUAGAUGCGCCUACUAUAGGGAAAUCUCAGGUGAGUUACUUAAGCUAAUUUCGAAGGUGCAAAAUAAAAGUGAUGCACAAGCGAGGCUUUCCCCCACGUCAGCGCUAAUAGGUGAUCCAGCUGUUGUGAAGUCAAAAGGUGCUCCAAAAAAGGUUCCAAUAGGCCAAAAGAGGCAAAAAUGUUCACAUUGUAAGUCAAGCAUGCAUUUCGUUAGGACAUGUCCAUUACUCGUCAAGGAGGACUCCCCCGCCGAAUACUCAAAUGCUGAAGAUGAACCAAUGGGUGGUGGAAGUAAGAAGUCUGUAUCUAAAUUGACAGAGACACCAAAGAUUAGAGCAAAUGGCAAAAAAAGUCGACAGAAGAUCGAAGAAAUCAUUCUAACUCAAGAGAUAUUAAAAGAUAAGACCAACACAUUAGGAAUAGAAGUGGUAGAAGUUCCAGAUGCAGCCAUAACCAAUAAACCAGGUGAUGAAGAUGCAGAAGCUGUGGUCCAUCCUUAUCAACCUUAUAGUGGAGUCCUCCCUAUUCCUUUUCAUCAUGUUCCAAAUGGCAUGGCGUACUUCAACCAAUAUCCUUCUACUACCAGAAUUACAUCAUAUCCUCAGUUUUUCCAUGUCUCGUCAUAUUCUAGUGGACCCAGUAAUAGCAAUACAUGGGCUGGACUUUUGAAUGGUGUCAUCAACAACAGAAAGCCAUAG